AUGACAGAGUUAGUAGAGUUAAAUAAUCAGCUUCGUAUAGCGGAAGAAGAGGCUCGCAAAUGGAAGAAACUCAUCGAGCCGAUAUUAAAAAUCGAGACUGAAAUCAAUAAGCUCAAUUCAACACUCCUUUCUAAGGAGGAACCUUUUUCGGACGAAACUGAACCACUUAGCUCUGACACUACGAUCGAUGGUGUGUGCGACUUUCUUCAUUCUAUGCACAACAAGAUUCAGAUCCUGCACGCUAAUGCCUGCGCAAUGAAAAAAACCGAUAAAAUUACUUCAGAUAUAUGCACUCAAGUUUGCGUAGUGAACACAUCCCAAACUUCCAGUGAUAAACACUGUGUCCAACGAGUGGGGAGUCGGACACUGGUGAUGCGACUCGCUGAAAAAUUUGAUACUUGUUUACAAGCUGAGGUCCCAUUACCGCCUAUGGUUUCUUCUAAUGCUGCAAACCGUGAACUUCCGACCUACACUAAUUUUGCUAAAGAGGCGAUCGACCAAGCGUCCGUACUAAAAAAUAUUGAUUUGAAAGGACUUAUUCAUGCCGAAAUUUUACGUGUUUUAAGUGAACAAAAUCACUGUUUUUCAACACCCAACACAACGGCUUCAUUGGCGUCAGUUCCAGUUGAUAAUCUCUUAGCUCCAGUAGCCAAAACAUCACCUAAGCAAUCUGUAACUCCCAUAGCAAAUAGUGUUCCAAGCGCACCAAGUAUUUUAAAUCUUUGGCCACAUCUUUCUUUUGGUGGUGUUUCAAGUAAACAUGUACCCCCUCCAUUGCCAGAAAGUGAGGAAUUAAUCAGUCCAUCUGAGGAAGUAACAGGAAUGUCUACCAUCAACGAAUUUAAUUUGACUUCAUCUUCUGACAAUGGUCCAGAGUCAUACAGAAAUGGUGAAAUCCCUUCUGAAUCUAAAACAUUGAUGCCCUCAUUCUUAACCUAUAUUGGUGGUUUUGUUCGCCGCCAGAUACAGCAAUUGUCAGAAAGUCAAAUCAGUGAUUCCAAUUAUGGAUCAUGGUUAUCUGAACUGGGUCUCAAUCCUUGUGAGGAAUCAUUCAACAAGCCUAUAGAAAGGCCAUCCGUUCCAAGUUUUUCGGUCGAUGAGGAACAACCUUGGUGUCCUGGAUGUCACCGAAUGUUUCCAUCACGAGCUGACCUAGAAGAACACUUCAACGAUUGUUUAUUAUGA